UUGGUACAUUCAGGACUUCCGCAACAUUGGAAAGGACAUGUGAGGUUUCUGUGAGGGAAGAGUUAGGUGAAUGCAUGGAACGGGCAGACGACUAGCAAAAAAAGUAUGUAGAGAUGGUGUUAUAUGAAGCAUGAUUAACAUACACAGGCAGAGUUAUUGUCGUUUGUGUUCAUAGGCUAUUGUAGUAGUAAAAUGACGUCUUAAUUUCCGUGUUACUAUUCAACGAAACUAGCCGGUGUCAUUGUCGCUGUCCCCAAUACAUUAUCUAGGAGUGUUAAACGCUGUGGGUCUCUAAUCAGUAAAUAUUCCACUGAUGUGUGCGCUGUGUCAGCUUCAAUUUGUUUACAAACAUGCUGGCAUAACGUGCUAGAUAGCAUUAGCAUGUAACGUUAUGCUUAUUAGCUCAAUCAAUUUUUUGGCUUCAGUCAGUGAGGGACAUGUAAUGCAUUAUACGACCGUAGAAUGUUUCGUAUUUUGACCGUUUUAGGGGUCAUCCGGGUACUUUCAGUGCACUGAUUUUUUUUGUGUUAUACUUAACAUUAAGUGUGCAAGUAGACGGAAUGAGAUCACAGCCUGAGAUUGAUCAAUGCUAUAGGCCUACUUGAUAAUCAGAGGCCGUUACCAGCAGCAAACUGUUUUGUGUAUAUAUUUUUUAGAAGCUGCCCCAUGUUUUCCCCCAGUAUGCACUUCUGUCAAAGAUGUCUCCGGCUGCUGCGUAGGGGCAUGAUAUCGAUCAUCACCAUCAAACAUCCCACCAACUAUGUUGCUGCCCUCCAGCAGCCUUUGGAUUAUCACAAAACCUCAAUGAGACGCAUGUGCAGCAGUUUCACACCGCACCUCAACCUACAUAGUGGUCAGAGAUCCUCAAAGAUUUCAAUAGGCAGGUUGGGAGUGGGAGCACUUCGAGGCUUGUGUGAAUCAGUCACACAACAUGGUCAGGUAAAACAACAUGACUGUGAAGAACCAGAGGCAAAAAUGUUAAUACCUCACAAGCAGGGGCAGGCACCCAGCAGAAAAGUCCCUUUGACAACUCUGGUUGAUUUGGAGGAUAUCCCACGCCUCUCAGCCCUCGAGGAAAUCAGUGAUGAGGAGGCAGUUCAGAUUGUGGUGCCUCAUGCUUUGCCUCCCACCUCAUUCUCCCUCGGAGACUACGUUGACAAAUCAGACACACUCACCAAGCUAGUGCAACUAGGGGUAGAACUGUGGAAGCUGGAGCAGCAACGGAACGUGGGCUCCAUGCUGGUGAGGCUGGACUUCCAGUCAGAUGUGGCCCCUCGACUGCUCUUCCUGAAGGAUCUGGGGCUGCAGGAUGGCCAACUGGGCUCUAUAAUCACCACCAACCCCUUCAUCCUCACAGAGAGACUGGACAAACUGAAGGCCAGAGUCUCCUAUCUCAAGUCAAAGAAGUUCAGCACAAAUUCAAUAGCCUCUAUGGUUUCUAAAGCCCCUUAUUUGUUGAACUUCAAUGUAAAGAGGCUGGACAAUCGUUUAGGCUUUUACCAAGACACCUUGGGUCUCAACCCCGAAAAGACAAGGGACAUCAUCACUCGUCUCCCCAGACUCCUGUGUGGAAGUCUAGAGCCAGUGAAGGAGAACCUGAAGGUAUAUGAGCUAGAAUUUGGAUUUCGUACAGGUGAAAUACAACACAUGGUCACUGAAGUGCCAAAAAUGUUGACCGCAAACAAGACAAAACUGAGCAAGAUAUUUGAUUACAUUCACAACACCAUGGGAAUUCCCCAUUCUCUUAUCGCCAAAUUCCCUCAGGUUCUGAAUGCCCAGUUUUUGCGGAUCAAAGAGAGGCACCUUUUCCUGAAGUAUCUAGGAAGAGCCCAGUAUGACCCAGCUGAACCAAACUAUGUUUCCCUAGAUCGCCUUGUGGCACUCCCAGAUGACGUCUUCUGCACCAGUGUGGCACUUGCCACAGUAGAUGAUUUUGAAUGCUUUCAAAAAACGUUAUAGUCUAUUUUCAGGUUUGUCUCGAAAUUCUGCUUAUUUCUUCAUUGCAUUGUGUUAACAAGGCAUCAUUAACAAAUCGAGUUGUAUGCAGUUGAUGGUUCACCAACAUUUCAAUAAACUGCUUUGUGCUUUA